GAUACGGAAAAAAUAAUCUCCGGUCAAAUAUGACGCAGUUUAUCCGAAGCUCCGGCACCAACUAGAUGAUGACAGCUUUGUGAAAAUGCUAUUCUGCUAAGUAGUUUCCAACUACAUAUUUUAUCAAUGAAGUUUUGUCCAUGUGAAAUCCCCAAUUGCCAUAUGGCAUAAUGCGUCAAAUAUUUCCAGCCUUGUUGGUUACAGCUUCAACCGCAUUAGCUAGUCAAAGCGUGUUCAGCGUUCACGAUGACUUACUUGCAUUUCCCCAGGUAUGCGCAAGGUCAUAAACCAUUCUGAUGUAACCUGUUCCAAGCUCACGAACAAAAGUAUGAAGUAGUAUUUUCGGAUUCAUUCCUCUCGGAACAGGAAGCAGAUUUUAUCAUCAACCAUCCAUCUUCACCCAUUCACGAUACGCAACAAUCUUCCGACUCCAAAAGUAUAUCCUCUCAACACCCCAUCCAAGAUAACCCUACCGACCAUGAAUUCGACCCCUCCAAGCAUACUCAUGAGCUCAUGUGGCUACAAGGCCAGGCACAUCUCUGUACGAUUCCCAUAGUUUCUCUGCCUCCACGAAACGAAACCUCCGAAGCGGAAGCUCGCGCCGCUGAACAAAAAGAGCUUGCCCGAGCAACUGAUCGUGGUUGGGAAUUACUUCAAGAUCUAGAGAAUAAUUGUUUAUAUUUUGUUUCUGGAUGGUGGUCUUAUUCAUUCUGCUACAACAAUGAAAUCACACAAUUUCAUCAACUGCCACCACAACCGGGAAAGGCCCCUUACCCGCCCCAACCGGAUCCAUCAGCUCAGGAAUUUGUCCUCGGAAAAGCAAAGAAGUCACCGAAAAGUAUGAGUAAAGAAGAUGAAUGGGGAAAUCAAAUAGAAGCACAUACGGCAGCCAAAAAUGGUGAUCCACCCAAAACCGAACUCCAAGUAAAGGGCGAUACCCGCUACCUAGUUCAAAAAAUGGAAGAUGGCACAAUUUGUGAUCUCACAGGCAAACCUCGUCAAGUCGAAGUUCAAUUCCACUGCAAUCCUAACGUCAAAGAUCGCAUUGGCUAUAUCAAAGAAAUGACAACCUGUUCAUAUCUUAUGGUCGUCUACACACCCCGUCUCUGUGAUGACGUAGCAUUCAUGCCUCCCAAAGCAGACAAAGCAAAUGGCAUAGUCUGCAAACGUGUGGUCUCAUCUUCAGAUAUCCCUUCCCAUCUCGAAGCCGCCUCUUCCAGCUCACCUUCCAAACCUAUGCCCUCGAAACCCUUAGUUGUCGGAGGUAUAACUGUCGGCGCAGGUAAAUUUAUAGGCAAAGAAGGACAACGUCUACCAAUCCCAGCAAAUUUUGCCGAUGGUGAUGUCCCAAGUCGAAGCGAAGUUAUUGCCCGCGGCAAAAGUAAAAGUGAAGGGGGUCAAGUCGAAGUCAUUAGUCAACAUGCGCUAGAAAAGUUAGAUCUUGAUCCAAAAAUGAUCGAAAGGUUACAAGAGGAAGUUAAAAAAGUGGCCGGGGAUAAGGGUUGGAAAAUUGAAGUGGUAGAUGUUCCGGGACAAGUUAGGGAGAUCUUGGGAAUAGUAGAGGAUGAUGAGGGGCAAGGUUAUGAAAAAGGACCGGGAAGACCUAUUGAAAAGCCUGAGAAGAAGGCGAAUGAUAAGGAGAGGUAUGGGGAUGAUGUUGUAUAUGAAGAUGAAGAAACUGAAGAAGGUAGUGAGGAAAUUUUUAAGGAUGAAUUAUAAUUUCUCAUUUUUUCCCCACUAUUCUGUCUGAUAAGAGAGGCGUUACUGGUUUGGCCCGGUUUGGCUUGAGUCAUGGGUAUGAUUUAGUUUAUAGAUAUUAUGAUCUGGUAUAAUA